AUGCCCCGAAAGUCUAUCACGCCGCAGAAGGCAUCACCAUGGGACAGACUUCCCUUGGAGCUUCGAGACCUAGUCUUCGCCCAGUUAUUGACGUCGGGGCGCGGCCUCUACGCCGCCUAUGCGCAGGUUAAUAAGGAGUGGAAUGCCUAUUGGGAGCCCAAAGUGUUCAAGAAACUCCUGCUCACGCCAGACGACCUCGCAACCCUAAGCCAAAUGUUGGGCGGCAGAAAUACCCGGAGACUAGGAUAUAUCAACCGAUUAGACUUCUAUAUCAUUCUCGAGAAGUAUGACUGCGAUCUCUGCGAUAAGGUUGAGGAUGAAGAAACAGCACAGCGCGACACCAAACAUCACUACAGGCCACUCGCUAUGAGACUCAACUCCUUGACGGACCAAUACGAGGAGAUUGGAGAGCCCGAAUCGGAUCGCUCAAACGGACAUGGUCCCAUCCCACCUAGCAAAGAUUAUGCCUGUGCCACGCGACUCUUUGGAUCAAGGUACCUUCAAUGGAGCUAUCAAGCCGACCAAUAUCCCUUUGAGGCCCAUUGGAGGCUACCACAAGCCCGAAUCAUCACAGACCUCAACCUCGACCUCGCCUCGUACCGCAGUAUUGGACGCAACGUCGUCUGGCGACUCCUGCGGGAGGGCCUCCCCUCGCUUGUCAGCUUGAACCACGAGCAAUGGCUCCGUCUCAAACCCCCGGGCCAGGUUCGCCACGACGAGAACUUUGUCGAGACGAUCGAUAUGCGGUGGCCCACCCCGUUCCCCCGACGGAUCCAACGCCUGAGCUUGUUCUCGGACGCCGAUCCCAGGAUGCACGAUGCUGGCCCUCGGCCCACCUCGCAUCACAGAGCAGGUCGGAGCCUGGCGCUCGCGAGUCAUAAUCUGUCGGUCCUGACCUGUGGAUUCGCCGCAGACGCGGCUGGCUUUCUGCACGAGUUUUACGAGGACCGCUGCCGCGAUCUGGGCGCGCAGGUCAUGCGCUGGGAGAACUUGACCAAGCUCUGCUUAACAGCAGCCUGCUUCGAGUCGAGCACAUGCGACGAGAUUCCACCACUGCUCUCCGCCGCGGCCAAUGCGGCGCGCCACAUGCCUCAACUUCUCAUCUUGGAGAUGUGGAACAGUGGCAACGGCCAAGCAGCGCGUUUCUGCUACGAGGGUCAGCCGCGGACGCAGGAAGGCAACUACAGCCCUGCGAGCAUCGUGUGGGCGUGCAGUUGGUCACCGGCGUACAUCGAUCAGUCAGACCCGGCUAUUGGGAAGUGGCGCCGCUUGGCUCGAGACCGCUCGGGCGGCCUAGAGGCCGGGGUGUGCUUUUCUACGAUCGAGAUGAAGCCAUUGGAGUUGCAGACGCAUCUUGCAAUGAUCCCUCACCUAAGGUUGUCGGCGGAUAUGCUGUCGAAAUCGACACACGGCCGGAUCAAGUACAAGACCAGGAUGAGGCGGGAUGGAAAGCACGAUAGCCUGGUAUGA